GUCAAUGUCCUGCAGGCGCUCAUUAUGAAGAGGGAUCUGGCUCUGAUUAGCCUGGUCUUCCUGUCGCUGCUCCUGUCUGGAUAUCCUCAGCAGACGGCGGACGACGCCUGCUCUGUGCAGAUUCUCGUUCCAGGCCUCAAAGGGGAUGCUGGAGAGAAGGGAGACAAAGGCGCACCAGGACGGCCUGGAAGAGUGGGCCCCACGGGAGAAAAAGGAGACAUGGGUGACAAAGGACAGAAAGGCAGUGUGGGUCGCCAUGGAAAAAUUGGUCCCAUUGGUUCUAAAGGAGAAAAGGGAGAUUCUGGCGACAUAGGACCCCCUGGCCCUAAUGGAGAACCAGGCAUCCCGUGUGAGUGCAGCCAGCUAAGGAAGGCCAUUGGGGAGAUGGACAACCAGGUCACCCAGCUGACAACUGAGUUAAAAUUCAUAAAAAAUGCUGUUGCCGGCGUGCGCGAGACAGAGAAUAAGAUCUACCUGCUGGUGAAGGAGGAGAAGAGGUACGUGGAUGCCCAGCUGUCCUGCCAGGGGCGUGGAGGCACGCUGAGCAUGCCCAAGGACGAGACCGCCAACGGCCUGAUGGCCGCCUACAUCGCGCAGGCGGGCCUCGCCCGCGUCUUCAUUGGGAUCAACGACCUGGAGAGAGAGGGCACCUUCGUCUACUCAGACCGCUCCCCCAUGCAAACCUUCAACAAGUGGCGCAGUGGUGAGCCCAACAACGCCUACGACGAGGAGGACUGCGUGGAGAUGGUGGCCUCCGGGGGCUGGAACGACGUGGCCUGCCACAUCACCAUGCACUUCAUGUGCGAGUUUGACAAGGAGCACGUGUGAGCGGGAGGCCAGCCUCUGAACCCUUGCUUUUCAUGGCUUUGUUGGCAGGGCUCCUCCACGACGGUGACGGUGACGGCGGCCGGCGGCUGCCCGACUGUAGGCAGCAGAGUUCUUCCCAAUGGCAUCGUCCUGUCCAGAAGUGCAGGGGUUCCUUGAGUAAAGAAAGAGCUGUUUUUUCUGAACCUUAGAGAGUGGUGUAUGCUUAGGAGAAAAAAAGUGGUGUGAUUUCUGAGGAAGUAAAGUUUAUUACUUGUAUUGUAGCCAAAAUUACAUAAAUGUUCAUUUUGUAAUUAUUACUCAGAAUUGCUCUUGCCUUUGUCCAAACUAUAAAAUAAAAUAUUUGAACAUUACAAUAGUUAAAUACAAACAAUGGUA